AUGGCGCAUCAAGCCCAUAAUAUCCCCUGGAGGGUUUUAGCAGAUAACUUUGGAUAUCGCUAUACGAGUACGAGGGCUCAAGGCCAAACCAAUUUGUUCCCAAAGUCGAAAAACAACCUGGACAAGGAUUUGUGCUACUUCAGUAAGGCAUUCUGCAAGACACUAGAAGAGCACAGCAAAAUUGAAAGAACUAAAUAUCCCGAUGCCAUCCGUCCACCGGACGAUGAUGAGGAGGUCUUCCCCAAACUGGUUGCAUAUAAAAUCAAGCAGGCGAUAGAAUACAACGAGGAAAAGGCUCCAGAAAAUUGCACCACAACGCCACUCGACUCGAGAAAAAUGCGAUCAUGGGUGGAAUCUAUGUGGGCCCGUGACCCAGGCGUGGAUGGACGCGCCCGCAAUUAUCUGAGCUACGAUCAGAUUGAGAUCAUCAAACAACUAGUCAUGCACAACGAGAUACUGCCCGCGCUUCGAAUUGUUGCGCACCCUUCCGUGGAACUAAAACCCGCAUGGGAGCGAUGGCUCAAUGUCCAAAUUGACUACGGUCUGAAAGCCUUCUUUUAUCUCCCAUUAAUUUCGUAUCUCUGCCUGAAUAUGCUCUUGCAAAAACCGGAAAUAUAUGAUCAUACGGUGAAGACACGCCAUCUACAAUCUCCCCUGCCUGGCAUGACAGUUGUGUCGGACACAAGCGUUCUAGAUUAUCGACUCACUCGCGCGUAUCAAAUGACCGUCCUCUAUUGCACCAAUGCAACCCGGCAGUCAACACCUCAUCAGGCAUUCUUUGGCAUUUCACACAAUGGUCAGAAACAACAUUAUAAUUUCCUAGAUGAUUUUGUCCCGAAAUGCGGGACCAUGUCGUUUUUCGACUUCAAGGCUGCGUUGGAAGUGAGCCAGGAGUAUCCUGCACACCCCAAUGACGUGGGCGAGAUCAUCCAAAUACUCCAAGCAAAGGGUCUUCCCGCGGAGCUGUGUCUCGGCAUUAUUAACUGCGGCGGUUUCACACCAUCCCGAAGGAGUCUGGUGGUUGACGAUCCCCUACAUACUGAUAAUGCGCCAGAGCUGCGGAAAUACCUCACGUAUUGUUGGCAACUUUUGAUCAGAGCCAACGUUGUAAUGGAGUCCAAGGGACUACAAAUUGAUUGGUACCAGGCAGUCGUGUGGAGUAUCCAACGAUUGUUUAUUACGCCGAUACAAGUGUCACUAACAAGAUGUAGAUCAUCCAUGAGGGAUGGUGGCUUGCGCUGGUUACUCCUCGAUGAAAAGCUGAGUAAUGGAUUUUGUACAUGUUGCUAUAAUGUAUGA